GUUUUUCUUUAGCAAUGUAGCAAGGGGUCCAGCUAGAACUAGUCCACCAGAUCUGAUCGCUGCUGUAUGACUGCAAUCGGUGUGUUCAGAUUUGGUACCAAUUUGGCCUAUGACUGCCGAAUCAAACCACCCCUUUCAUCAUCACAAUUUGGUCAGCCCUGUCAGCGUUUCGAGGCCCCCCCUCAUGAUCCGCGAUUCGUUGCGAUUUGAAGCGCGAACAUUGCAUAGAGGAAAAUAGUUAUAUUAAUACCAGCUAGACUCUUCUUGUUCACUUCAUUCCAUCUGCAAUCAGAAUAAUCCCAUCAUUCAUCACCUCUUCAAACAAACAUUCCAGUUUGAGAUAACCGCCAUCGUACGCAAGCAGGCAAUCAGCAGUUUGUUUGACAUUUGUCGUACGCUUCCGUCGUCGAUAUACAAAUUACAGUUUUGUGGUUAGCCUAAACGAAACCGAGCCGACAGCCUUACUUUUUCGAUUAUAGCUUGGAGUCUACUCGCCACCAACACAAACCAACCCAGAAUCACAGGCACAAUGUCAGGCGAGAAAUUACAACCAAUUUUCGAUCACGACAAGGGCAUGGACACGUCGAGCUCCUCUGCCGUGCUAAGUCAACACACGAACCCAUCAUCAACUUCCAUCAAAGAAACCAUGGAGAGCUCCAAAGCAAAUGGCGAUGCCGAAAAGGGAAACAUCAGCGACAGCGAUAACGCCCCGAUCCCAUCUGGACCGCCAGCGGGCCCUGCUCCCGGCUCCGGGUUCCACCCCUCCGACUUCCCAGACGGAGGUCUCGAGGCCUGGCUGGUCGUCUUUGGCGGUUUCUGCGCACUGUUCUGCACCUUUGGUCUGGUCAACUGCAUAGGCGUCUUCCAGACAUACUACGUCCAGGGCCCUCUGGCCUCGUAUGGCCAAUCAACGGUCUCGUGGAUCACGGCGAUGCAGGUCUUUGGCAUGGUGUUUGGCGGCAUCGUCUUUGGCAGGCUGUACGACUCGUACGGCCCCAGGUGGCUCAUUAUCGGCGGCACUUUGGUCUACGUCUUUGGCCUCAUGAUGGUCAGCCUCUGCACCGAGUACUACCAGUUCUUCCUCGCGCAGGGCAUCGUCAGCGCCAUCGGCUCCAGCGCAAUCUUCAACUCGGUGCUCCCGACGCUCGUGGGGUGGUUCUUCAAGCGCAGGGCGGCCGCGUUCGGCAUCACCGCCGCCGGCUCCUCGCUCGGAGGCGUCGUCCUGCCCAUCAUGAUGAACAAGCUCAUCCCCCAGAUCGGCUUCGGCUGGACCAUCCGCAUCGUCGCCUUCAUCUUCCUCGCCCUGCUGGGCAUCUCCGUCGUCACCGUCAAGUCCCGCCUGCCCCCGCGGCCCAAGCCUUUUGUGCUGGCCGAGUACACGGACGCGUUCAAGGACCCCGUCUACGCCCUCACGCUGGUGGCCAACUUCCUCUUCUUCUGGGGCAUGUUCCUCCCCUUCAACUUCAUCAUCCUGCAGGCCAUCAAGGCAGGCAUGGACCCCAAGCUCGCAGAGUACCUGCUGCCCAUCAUCAACGCCGUGUCCAUCUUCGGCCGCAUCCUGCCCGGCAUCGCCGCCGACAGGUUUGGCCGCUACAACAUGAUGAUCCUCAUCACGGGCCUGUCCGCCCUCUUCACCCUCGCGCUCUGGAUCCCGGGCACCUCCACGGGGGCCAUCAUCGGCUUCGCCAUCGUCUUUGGCUUCGUGUCGGGUGGCUUCAUCGGCAUGGCGCCCACGCUCAUCGCCCAGAUCUCCGACAUUCGUCAGAUCGGCGUCAAGACCGGCUUGGCGUUUGCCGUGCAGUCCUUUGGCGCCCUGACCGGAUCGCCCAUCGCGGGCGCCAUUGUCAACUCCCAGGGAGGGCAGUACAUUGGUCUGCAGCUGUUUUGCGGUCUGACCAUGGCCGCCAGUGUCGUCUUCUACCUUGCGGCGAGGUCAAAGUAUGGAGGCGUCAAGUUGAUGCAAAAGAUAUAGAUGUGUUUUCUUGUUUAGCGGUUCCCACUCACCUAUGGGCGUCUUUACGCAACUCUUCUAGUGUUAUAAUAUUCUCUCAUCAAAAAGCGUCGGCUCAUAGGGAUUAUACCCAUUCUGGCAGCAUACAUGUGAUAUUACAGACGGCAUUAAAUAGACUAGAUAAUGCAUCCAGUUGUGGCUGCGAUGAAGGCAUAGCUUUGUCUCAUCUGACAGGUUAGCAACACGAAUCGAAAUGACUUCACUCCAUUCCUUUCGAUUGUACGCCUCGGCGAUGUGCUCAGGGGUGUCACGUGAGAGGCACGUUGGUUUCCGUUUGCAGCAGGAACCCACUCCAUCCAUCUACGUCAUCG